ACCGGUGCCCCGCAUCCUCAUCUUUUCCUUCUUCCGGUCGCGCUGUGGCUCUUGCUGCGGCCUCUUCUUGACCCUUCGCCGCCGCUGCCUGCCCUAUAUGCGUCUUUGGGCUUCUCGAUACUCGCACUCUUGGGCGCGUUGUACUUCAUUCCUUUGCUCGGGAACACCUUCGUGCGUGCCAGCCUCAAGGGCCGUGAUCUCCUCAAAACAUACGAUGAUCCUAUACCGGAGUCCCUUGGGCUCGUUUGCGCAUCAAUAUAUAUUCUGCUGUUAAUCCUAUUUAUCCCAUUCGCCUUCUCCGACUUCUUCAAUAGUCAGUAUGAUCAAACAAGGAAGCUGCGGGAGGGUCUGGUCAUCAAUGAGUUCCCGCACCACCAGUUUCGACCGCUGUACUAUGUUUAUAUGUCCCUGUUAUCCACGUUCUGCACCAACAGCAUCAACAUCCUCGCGGGGAUCAAUGGCUCAGAAGUGAGCCAAGCGUUGAUCAUCGCACUGUCGGUCAUCUUGAACGACCUGCUGUACCUCCCCUGGCCGAUAGACUUCCGUAUCCCUUUGCACUUGCUUGGUCGUGGCAGGGAGCUGGAAGUAGGCGGCGUAUGGAGCGCAGGAAUGUCAUACGGGAGCAAGGUACUCGUUGAGCGACACCUAUUCAGCCUGUACUUUAUGCUCCCGCUCGUGGGCGUAUGUGCUGGGUUCAUGUAUCACAACUGGUAUCCAGCGCGAGCUUUCCCUGGCGACACACUAUGCUAUGUGACGGGCAUGGCCUUCGCGGUUGUAGGGAUUCAAGCUCACUUUUCCAAGACACUCCUUCUGCUCUUCCUGCCUCAGAUCUUCAACUUCGUCCUCUCCUGCCCGCAGCUAUUCGGCCUCGUCCCCUGCCCACGUCACCGCGUACCCAGGUUCGACGCGGAGACGGGCCUCCUUUACCCGUCGACGGCAUCCUUCAAGGAGCACACGCCCUCGCGUCUCGCCACAAUCGUCCUGCGCGUCUUCGCAAUUCUAGGCUUCGUACGGCUCACGGAGGAUCCCAAGACAGGCGUGAUCUCGGAAACAACCAAUUUGACGAUCCUGAAUGUAUUCCUCCUCCGAUUUGGCCCGAUGCGCGAGGACAGCCUCGUGAGGGUGCUGAUCGCGACGCAGGUGGCGGGGAGCGUGUUUGCGUUCGUCGUGCGGUACGGGCUCGCGGGGCUGGUGUACGACGGCAACAGGCGGUGAUCCAUGAUAGCAAUGAUGAUGCGCGUGUGCCUUGGAACUCUCGGGCUGUGCGCCGACUUGUGUCUCUUAGUGCGGGGCUCCGCGCGGGACACCCCAGAGCGUACGGGUGCCAUUGUUGAUGUGCUGACCCGUACGUUAGUCCAGGACGCGAUCGAGAUUUCCUCGUCUGGGCUGCCUACAAACCCCGCAACGCUCACAGGCCGAUCCGCGUUUGCUCGUCUGGUGGCGGCGAGACUGGGCUUCGGGGCUUUCGGACGUGUCGUCCAGGAUGACCUGGGGAAGGCGGACGGUGCAUGGCUAGGUUAUGUCCAACUAUGAAUUUCAGUUGCUUCGUUUCCGUUAGACCGACUGCUUCCUUUGUGAGGAGUUCCGGUCAAUGUCCGCG